AUGUUGAGCUUCGUGACGACCGCUGCGGUACUCGUGGGCUUGACUGUGGCAAAGGUGGAUGUGAAUCCAGGCAAAGAAACCUCCUUCUCUACCCUCUCGUGGAACAAGUGGACUAAAUCGACCAAGUUGAACCCAAGGGUGCAACAUAUCCCACUUGAUCGGGACCAGAGCCAUUUACGACCGCCUCCAGCCGAUAUCCCCGCCACUUUCGACAUUUUUAUCGGCUCAUCCGCUUAUCGAGAUGGCUAUCGCUGUGGCAAGACACUCUUUACUGCGUUCAAGCGGGCUACUAAUCCGGAGCGACUACACUUUGGCAUUCUGGAACAGAUCUACGAAGGAGAUCCCACUUGUUUGGAUGAGUACUGCAAACUGGCGGCAGAAGAGUGGUCGGAAGAUGAGAGUUGCAGAUACCAUGAUCUGGUGACAGUCGAUACACGAGACGCUGCAGAAUCUGCUGGGUGCACCACAGCACGUCACCUCCAGCAAAAGCUCAUUGGGGAUCAAGAGUUCUGUCUCCAGGUCGACGCCCACACCAUAUUCACAAACCGAUGGGACGAGAACAUCGUUGCAGACUGGGGCUCCAUUAACAAUGAGAUGGCCAUCAUGACGAUCUACCCGCACCACCCGCAUGACUUUAUGAUCAAGGAAAAUGGGGACAAUGCGAUCUACAACUCGAUUCCUCAUCUCUGUACGACGAUGAAAGGGGAGACCAGCAAUUUAACUCGUAUCGUUGGAGCUAGUAUGAUCAGCGACUCGUGGACACCUCAAAUGGCAGCUCUCUGGGGAGGUGGCUACUCGUUUAGCAAGUGUCACGCAGAGCUCAAGGUACUGGUUGACUCGCACACGCCAUGGCUUUGGGAUGGUGAGGAGUUUUUGCGCUCGGCAAAUUAUUGGACGAACGGCUACGACUUGUACUCUCCAAGCAGACUUGGACACGUCUUGUAUCACAACUACUCAGCAAAGCCCGCAAGUUUCUGGAAGGCACCAGUGGAUCCCGUGAAGAAGGGCAUGGACGCGGCGAUGGCUCGUAAUCGCGUACGUCUUCGCUUAGGGAUGCCCUUCAAGGGAGUUGUCGACACGUUUGAGUUUGACAAGUAUGGCUUUGGCAAGGUGCGGUCGUUUGCGCGGUAUCUUAAGUUUGCCAACAUCUCUUUUGAUGGCUGGAUGAACGAGACGAAUUCUUGUGGGCAACUGCACUGGGUUCCGUACGAAAAUGCCACAGAAGUCGAAAUGACGGUUGGCCACGGCUGGAAGCUGCACAGCCAAGAUGAAAACAAAAGGAUUGCAGAAUCAACGAUGAGGAAGGCGCGAGAGGCUGAUAACUUCGAUGUCGAAUUGCACAAGCUACGAGGCGUACUCACUCUGAUCGAAAACGCAGCGUAUAUCACGAGCGAGAAUGCGCAAACUCUGGAAGCCAAGCUACGUCAAGAGGUCCACGAGUUCGGCUCGACAUACGGUCUGCCGGCUGUUUUUUUCGUAAUUGCCAUUAUUGCCACGGUGUUCGUGGCACUUUCUAGCAAUAUCCGGUCGAACGCGAUUCGUCGACGAGUGUGCUUGUGCUUGAAAAACGUGGGGGGCCGAAAUUUAGAUUGA